AUGGCAGGAGAAAUGGAUGAAAUCGAUUCGGACGAUGCGUGGGAGUCGUACGAGAGUGAGGAAAACUCGGAUACUGACUCUGGGAAUUCCUUUGAAUAUAUCGAUGACUGGCAUAUCAUCCAUGAACCAGGAGUUUCUCCAGUUUGUUCUAUCUGCCGAAUCAUCUUGGACAACUUUGGAACACGGCCUUGUGCGGACUUUCCUAUUACCAUUCUAAUCACAUCUGUCUCGGUUGAAAAACGGUCAGAGGCAGGAUGCUAUCUCUGCUCCCUCUUUGAUAGUGAAUGGAGUACAGCUACAACAAAUGAGUUUGGGGAUAUCUACAUGUACCAGGAGAAUAGCGGUGGAAGAAUCAAGCUGAGGAAAUGCCGAGAUCUUGAGUCUAACAAUAUUUCAGAAUCUAACAUUCUCGUGGGCCCAAUCUCAGAGUAUGGCAAAAUAAACAUAAUUUCGAAGAGUACCCCAAGAGAUCUUCAGGGAAUUGUGUAUCAGAUUCACGAGUGGCUCAAACAUUGUAAAUCUAGGCACGUUUGUCACGAAAGACGAGACUCGACGUUUCUUCCUUCACGACUUAUAGAUCUUGGAAGCGGUAUUAGCUCUGUACUCGAGCCUUGCCUGGUCCUACGAGAAAACGUACCCUUGGGCUCAUACUUCCUAACACUCAGUCACUGCUGGGGCCAUUCAAACCCAACCCUGUUGACAACAAUGACAUUUCAGUCAAUGCUAACAGGAAUCGAAAUUAAUACGCUCAAUAAGACGUUCCAGCAAGCUAUGCAGCUUGUCAAGGCUUUAGGUUUCAGGUAUAUCUGGAUUGAUUCUCUUUGCAUCGUUCAAGAUAGUGAAGAUGACUGGCAAGCGGAGUCCAGCCAAAUGGGCAGGGUGUAUUCGAAUGCUCUCCUCAAUAUUGCGGCAACUGCUGCUCGUGAUGGAUCCGAUGGUGUGACGAGUGAUUGUUAUGAAGAAACGCUUUCAGUUCUGGCAAAAGUCACAGCAAUAGGUAACGCGCCCCAAAUCUUCCAGCAAUCAUCACACAAAAACAUUUUUAUGCAAAACAACGAACCACUCAACGUGCGAGGCUGGGUAUUGCAGGAGCGGUUGCUUUCACGUGCAAACAUACACUUUGCAAAAUCACAAAUGUACUGGGAGUGUAGCGAGAAUGUGUUUUCUCAGGUUAUGCCAAAUUACUGUCUUGCGGCGACCUGGGGAUAUGGAUCUUCAAAGUUUAAGAGACUGAUAUCAGAAGCUCUGUCGAAAAAUUUUAUCGCUGGUUUAAACCUGACUUCGGAGCUGAUGCCCGAUCUAAAACUCUGGAGUGGAAUCAUCCAUAUGUACUCGAAAUGCAAACUCACUCGCCCUUCCGACAAGCUCGUCGCAGUUGGAGGGAUAGCGAGUGCGCUUGCCGAAAUGUUCGGCUCCAGAUAUCUGGCUGGGCUGUGGGAGAAAGAUCUUCUCGGCCAGUUGUGUUGGCAGCUCAGGGAAAGUUUAUCAACAAGCGAAAGAGUUCAAACCUCCAUCAUCUAUUGCACAGCUUCUGACGAGCUAAAUGUCCCUUGCGCAUAUGUUGCCCCCAGUUGGUCGUGGGCGUCCUCAGAGGGAGUGAUCUUGGAACAAAACGAAAAUGAUUAUCGUUCUCAAACAACUCCUCUCGCCGAAUUGAUUGAAGCCCCUGUGGUGAAGACAGUUAGCAAUAACCCGUACGGUCAGGUCAAAGAUGUUUCGAUACUCCUGGCUGGGAGGAUAGCCUUGGGAUGGUGGAUUCGAGGAAACGAGAAGAUGAAAACCAUCUUCUCGCACAGCGAACUAGAGAAAGCCCUUCGUUCUCCUGAACACGCAGAUAUCUGUUCAUGUGAAGAUAGCUAUAUGUCUCUCUGCUUAUCAGCCCAGGAAGUCGGUUUAGUAUAUUUUCUUCCUCUAUACAAAAGAGAGUCGUUAGAUCCAGAGAACAGGUCGUGGCCUGGAUUCAUAGUACUUAGGCCACCUAUUCCGUGGUCUGGAAUAGUACUUAGGCGAGUCUUGAGGACAUCCAGUACCUUCAUACGGUGCGGCUCUUUUUGGGUACAUAGGCCAGAGGACUCACAUUUUCCGACAGCUUUCGACUAUUUCGACACCGUUGCCGAAUCUCUUGGUUUGAACACGAUAACAGAUGAUGACGGAAGCAAAAGAUAUCCGGUGACCAUCAUCUGA